AUGGCGCCCACGAGUGCAGCCACAACAGGGCUGCUACGACAGGUCAUAUACUACCAUGUCGACAACAAUGCCUACGAGAAUGCCCUAUUUUUUGCCGAAAGAUUAAAUGCCCAAGACCCCAAGUCGAGCGAAUCCGCCUACCUGUUGGCACUAUGCCAUCUCCGUCUCGGCGACACGAGGACUGCAUUUGAGGUUAGCAGGCCCUCAGCCUCUCGCGGCACAAACCUGGGCGCUGCCUGGGUAUUUGCGCAUGCGUGUAUGAAGAUGGAACGUUACAAGGACGGUAUAAACGCGCUCGAAAAGGCGCGAGAGAAGUGGAUUGGCAAGUCGAACCUGGGCAAACACACUACUUCCGGCCGUUCUCUGUACCCCGACGAGGCCGCAAUACUUUGCCUGCUGGGAAAGAUGUACCGAGCCUAUGACGAUCGCAGAAGGGCCAUCGAGUGUUUUGAGAAUGCCGUUAGGGCCAACCCGUUCAUGUGGGAUGCCUUCCAGGCCCUGUGCGAUAUGGGCGUCAAAGUCAGAGUACCCAAUAUCUUUCAGGUCACCGACCCCCUAACUCAUUCUUUUGACCAAGACGCCGGUACCAUGUCGCAGGAGCCCAAGGAGAGCACGGCGAACUCGUUCGAACCCAAGAAACAUUCGGCCCGGACCAUCAUGGACUCGUCCGACCCUUUCAACCUUUACCGAUCCUCAACCUAUCAAGACAUGCCUUUUAAUUCGAACGUCUUCGCCCCCGAAACAGAGGAGAACGACUUCAUGUCAAAAAUAACAGCGGCGAGGUCAAGGUUAGCCGUGCCAGCCACAGCCAACGGCGACUCUGAUCUUGUAGAAACACCCACUGGUCCAGUUUCGAUGCCUGAAGUCCCUACCAUGCGCUCGAAUUUCGCCGCCGAACCACCCCAGGCGGCGCCGCGAAGGACGCGGACGGCCCAGGCCGUGGAGCCUGGCUUUCUGGAAGCACCGCCAAAAAUGAGUUAUAGAUUGGGUGCCAAGAGAAGCACUAGAAGUCAAGAUAAAGAGCAGCAGCCUGUUGAGUUGCACUCUGACACCGGGACUGGCACUGGAAUUCUACGUGUCGCAGCACCCUCAGAGCGGAAGAGGACCGUAUCUGGACAUCCCGUUCAGACCAGGCAACAUUCUGAAGAAGCUAAUGCACCUGCGCAACGGAGAAGCGCAAGGUUAAAUAUGUUCAAUAAACCAUCAAUCGCCAAGGCGAACUCCGGCGCUGCUACUAUCGGCGCCGCGGCAACCCGCGAGCUGAAGAAGGCUAGACCCCAAAUUUCUCGAAUUAUGCGACCUGGCUCUAGUGGCUCCAGCGUUGGGAGAGUCGUCAGUGGCAACCGCAAGCCCAUUGAAGACAGCGGCAUGGACGUCGAUCACGCCGAAACUUCACGGGUGCGGGAACCUCACGCGGUACAACACGCUGCGCCGAAAGCCGUCUCUUCAGAGCCCGACAACGUCAGGAUCGAAGAGGCUUUGAAGUGGAUCAUGGAUCUGCUCAAGAAGUUCGCCUCUGGCUACUACGCACUUAGGCAGUUCCGUUGUCAAGAGGCUUUACAAACCUACAGUUCCUUGCCUCGUAGCCAACAGGACACUCCUUGGGUUCUGGUGCAAAUGGGCAAGGCACAUUACGAGCAAGGCUCUUACAAAGACGCCGAGAAAUUCUUUAGAAAGCUGCGCGUUGUUGCCCCGACGCGGAUGGAGGACAUGGAAAUCUAUUCCACCAUCCUCUGGCACCUUAAGCGAGAGACAGAUCUCUCUUUUCUUGCGCACGAGCUGAUUGAUGCUGGGUGGGAGUCGCCGCAAGCAUGGUGUGCCAUGGGCAAUGCGUUCUCCUUGGUUCGAGACCAUGAACAGGCUCUAAAGUGCUUUAAACGCGCCACGCAGUUGAACCCGGCUUUUGCAUAUGCUUUCACUUUGCAAGGUCACGAACACGUCUCCAACGAAGAAUAUGAGAAGGCAAUGAGUUCCUUCCGCCAUGCAAUUUCAGCGGACCGGCGUCACUAUAACGCCUACUUCGGCAUUGGUUGCGUGUACGAGAAACUAGGCAACUACGAUAAGGCAUACUCCCACUUCCAUACGGCAUCCAUCAUCAACCCAACCAAUGCUGUUCUUAUCUGUCGCAUAGGAGCAAUCCUCGAAAGGCAGAAGCAGCUCCUCCCAGCCCUCCAAUUUUUCAGUAAAGCAGUGGAAUUGGCUCCAAAAGCUGCGAUGGUACGGUAUCGUAAAGCCCGCGCACUCAUGGCCCUUAGGCAAAUCGAGGCUGCGGAGAAGGAAUUGUUGAUCGUGAAGGACAUGGCACCAGACGAGGCCAUGGUGCAUUUCCUUCUUGGCAAAUUGUAUAGGAACAUUGGCGAGAAGCAGAUGGCGGUGCGCGCGUUCAGCAACGCCCUUGCUCUGGAUCCAAAGGCCAGUCAGUCGAUCAAGGAUGCGAUUGAAAGCAUCGAAGAUGACAUGGGAAUGGAGGACUCCAUGAUGACAUAG